UACGCGUAAGACUUAAAAUCGCAUAUAAAAGUUUAAAAAAAUCUCUACUGUUUAUAUUACCGAAAGAUUAGAUUAGACAAUUUAGUAUGACACGUUCGACAGUGUAGCGCUCGAAAAAAUGCAAAUACAUUAAAAACCUCAUUAUUUCAACGUUGAUUUGUUAACACUAUCAAAUGAAAUUAUAAAUACACACCUCGCAUUCUGUUACUGAAAAUAUCGUUGAAUAAAGCGAGCGCUCGUAUUUGUUGUGACGUUUCGGUAAAUGUUUGGAUUGUUUGAUUGAAGACAGACCUCGAGGAUUUAAAAUAAAUCGAUUAUUUUCCUCUUAAACAGUUUCUAGUUAGUUUGUUGUAAAGUUGAAAGUGAAAAAGAAGAUUUAUCGCGGGCCAUAAAGCAUCUUUGUUUGUUUUCGACUAUGAAAAUAUGAUCACCAUUGUUUACUGUUGCGUUUGCCUGUUGUUUGUUGCCUGUCAUUGCGGGAAUAUCCUGGACAGCGAAGGAUACUCUAAUGAUUCUCCAUAUGUGGUUGAACCAGAAGUUCAAAACAUAAGAGUGAAGAAUGGAACACAGUUUACUUUAAAAUGCCAUCACAAAGGAGUAGUUUGGGAGUAUAGGUCGUGCGAAUCAAAUUAUAAGGGUUUGCAAUGUGAAAUAAAGAAUUUGAAUGAGGCAGACAAAGAAAACACUUGGAAAAAGUUGAACGUUACUAAGGGCCGUUUAGAUGUUAUUUCAUCAAGCAGGAGCAUCAGCGGGUUAUACAGAUGUUUGGAAAAGGAAAUUGUUCGUAAGAUAUUCAUCGUGGAAAUUGUGAAUCCGGGCAGUUAUGAGGGUACCCCUCCAUAUGUGGCACCCUUGAAAACCUCAAAUUUAACUGGACAACUCAACAUAGAAUUCACUAUACAAUGUAAUGUAACUAGUGUGAUACCCCCAACGAUAAUAUGGUUUAAAAAAUGCUACGGCCAGAAAUGCGACAUUGAGUACGAUAAAAUCUGUUAUUGCCACAUUAACAAAUCCGUUACAGUGUACAACAUUGGCAACACAUAUUUGAGCAAAUACUUAAUAUUCAAUGCUAGAGAUAUUGACAGUGGAUUAUACGCCUGUUUAGCUGUUACGGAAUAUGGAAAAGAUUACAAGAACGUUUUUAUUAAAGUUCCCAGCUCCAAUUACAAAGGAGAAAACGAAUCAUUCUCUUUGCUGUUUCUUAUACCUUUCACCUUAAUUUUAGCGCCUGUUGCUGUCUGGCUGUGCUACUACAGGAGGAAAAAGAAAUCCGUAAUUAUAAUUGUAGACCAACAAAAGCAGUUAAUCAAACCUGUUGUAAGAAUAAACGAGGAAAUCAAUGAAGUCAUUUAGAAAAGCUGUUGUGGGGUUAUUCAUC